CAGAGCAAGUUCCUAGACCGCCAUUAGAUGCAUCACCGGUUGCUUGGUCUUACUUGUGCCGCCCUUCCUGUCCCCCUCGUCACUUGUGUCCUACACCAGGGAAUUCACCUUGAUUCCUACAGCUGCUCCUGCGGCAGACUCUUCUCCUUGACUUGUGUAUAGUAGCCGGCUUUCCUUACCUUGAGAAGCUGCCCACAACUUCGCUCGGAUCGACGGAACAGUGCAGUCUAACUUUCUUUUUCAUUGCGUCGAUUUGGAUGUUGUAAGAACUUAAAACAAUGGACAUCGGAGGAGCACCACCUCAGCCAGCAGCACGAUUAUCGUUCCUCUCGUUCACCUUUGGAGCAAAGUAAUCGAAGGUAGAAAAAAAACACAAGAGUGAAAAACAGCGCUUCUUAAGUGCAAUUCGUCUCAUAAUUUUGCUCUGUUACAACUCCUGAAAGUGCAGAAUUCGCUUCAGAACCUGGCAAUCAAGGGAGAUUAUUUCAAUUGUCUUUAAAUAUAUAGAUAUAUAUAGAAAUAUAUAUCCUUUAGCAAACGCUGGGACCCUUGGGCCGACUUUCCGUGAGGUGAGGCUGAGAAAACCUUGAUUCAUUAUUGCCACAUUGCCAGCCCAUACGACAAGCGUGGUCGACAGAGGUGAGGAGGCAAAGCUGGCGAUCAAGGCAACACAGCCGGAGUCUCCCGGUUCCCUCAAGUCGAAGAGGACGACGAGCAUGGGAGGACAGGUGAUGGAGGAAGGAGACGUCAGUCUCGUUGAGGGACCCGUAUGGUUGAAACCGUUGCUGAAAGCUGAUUUCUUCGCUACUUGCGCACUGCAUGGUGUUUCUGCGAAGAGCGAGCGCAACCUAUUUUGCUUCAAAUGCAUGGGAGAUGGCAUUUGUGCGUCUUGCGCUGUGGAUCACAAAGACCAUCACGUUGUACAGAUUCGACGAUCGUCAUACCACGAUGUCAUUCGAGUUUCUGAAAUUCAGAAGCUAUUGGACAUCUCCACCGUCCAGACCUACAUUAUUAACAGUGCUCGCGUGGUGUUUCUAAAUGAACGGCCCCAGCCACGACCGGCCAAAGGCGUGACAAAUACGUGCGAGACGUGUGAACGGAGCCUUCUCGACACUUUUCGCUUCUGCUCCUUGGGAUGCAAGCUUGCAGGAAUUAAAAGACACAAGGAACUGUCCUUCAUUCUACAGCCAAAGCCUCAAGGUUGGUUCAGUCCGAGCUCGCGCGUGCUUUCCGACUCCGAAGACUCGUCCACUCACAAGAAGGCUCCACGGUCAAGGAAAGUGUCUCAGCUCCAGACCUCGCUCCUGUCCCACACAAGCAUCGAGGGAUCAGAAGAGACCGACCACGAAACAGCAGAGGACGCGGCGUGCAACAAGCGACGACCAUGGCAGCGCGUCGAGGCGGGCCUGCUGCCCUCACCAGCAUGUAGUGCAGAGCACCUCCACCGCGCGACGAGCUCCUUGCCUGUUCUCGUGGUCGACAUGUCGCCGAGAACACCGCCUCGCGCCAACGUCCUCCGAAUCGCUAAACGCCGCAAGGGAAUUCCUCACAGAGCUCCUCUCCGUGCCUGACAUCCAUCCACCUGCCCAAACGUCCACACAACAGGUGCGACCACUUGUUCUAGUAGCAUCAUUUAGACACUCAAAAGACAAAGACAUGAUCGGGGCGGCAGUCGGCCGACACCAGGUUUUCCGUCGACCCGCCACCGACUGUAUAUAAAAAAAAACUGUGCGUAUUCUCGACGAAACCUUAGGAUUAGUAGGGCUUGUGAGUGCAGUGUCUAGAAACCUUAAGUGUAUAUAUCACUUCAAAGGGUAGCGCUGUGAUUACUGCUUGUUAGUAUAGCAACAACAACAACAACAACAACAAAUGGAUCGAGAGAGUUUGCAUGCAGCAGAAGUGCCGACACAGAACUCUCUUCCCGUGUACCAAAGGUGGUGUUUUUAUACAUAGCGUUCCCUUCUGCAUCGUGUGCUGCUCCUUUCGGAAAGCGGGUAGAAGUAUAGGAUGCUGUUUGAUGUAUUAAAAAAAAUAAUAAAUAAAUAAAUAACUAAAAAAACUAAAAAAAAACUAAAAAGAAA